AUGGGUAUACAGCUAUCGGAACAAAUAACACUGAUCAAUCAGAGGGUAUCACGCGAUGGGAGCGGCACGCGCCCGGCACUCCCACGCCACGCAAACGUUAUUAAAACAAAUAAAAUUAAAUCUAAGAAACAUUUAGAACCCAGAAAUAAAGAAAAUUACAAACAGGACAAAGUGCAUGUCACGAGCGCAACGGCCUUACUCAGGGCCGCCCAGCGCAGGCAGACACGGGCGCCCACCGUCGGCUGCCAUGGGAAAAAUCAGGCUUCGCCGCCCCCGCCCCCGCCCCGCGCGCCCAUUGGACCGCCCGGUCCCGCCCCGCGUCCCACCAGCGCCCAUAAAUAUCACACCGCUUCGCGCAUCUCCUCAUUCCUCGCUUGCAUCUCGCGGCUGACGCACGUUACGCGCUCGUGUUUACGUUUAACCUCAGUGUCCGUGUUAGUGACUGUCACAAUGAAAGCAAUAACAGCAGUGUGCGCGACCGGCGCCUCCGUCCCGGCAAUCGCCAGCGGUCGAGUGCAACGGCAUCGCGAUGGAGAAAACGCAGAAAUACAGAUGUAUCUCUCUAAGCUACAGGACUUGGUGCCCUUUAUGCCCAAGAACAGAAAAAUCUCCAAAUUGGAAGUGAUUCAGCACGUCAUCGACUACAUCUGUGACCUGCAGUCAGCGUUGGAGAACCAUCCUGCAAUGGAUCAGUUUGACGCUGAGGGAGCCCUGGCGUCUCCACCUUGCGCAGCGGCGCCACAGCCGCGCCCACAAAGGCGACCAUUAGGCCCCCGUUCUGCACCAAACACUAUCCUGCGCAAGUCAGCCCCUAGCCAAGAACACAGAAACCAAACCACACAAGAUAAGCAGAACCAGCUGGAUAGGCCUUCAUGCUAA